AAAAAUAAACAUCCCGUCAUGGAAGACGAAUAUUCUCAAAUACUUGAAGAUGCUCACUCUAAGUUUAACGAGCGCAAUUAUAAAGAAGCGGAAGAGCUUUACACUAAGUUUAUUACUUCCUGUUUACAAUCCAGGGAGUGUGAAGCCGUGAGGUUGGCCACAGCCUUUAACAACCGCGGACAGAUAAAAUACUUCCGGGUGGAUUUUCACGAAGCUGUAGAGGACUACACGUCCGCAAUACAGGCUGACAACCAGUUUUCUGUCCCUUUCUACAACAGAGGGCUCAUCCUCUAUAGAUUAGGCUUUUUUGAUGGUGCCAAGGGGGAUUUCCUACAAGCAUUAAAGCGUAAUCCAGAUUUUGAAGAUGCUCAAGUGAGCCUGCGGCAAACACUUCUGGACCAGCAGCAGAAGCUUGAUAGGGAAUACUGAUGACGUCAAUCAUCUACUGCACAUAUUCAGGCUCCUCUGGUGCUCAGUGAUCAUCAUCAUAACACAUGGAAGAUUUGAGCAAACAGCUUUACUCUUACUCACCUGCAGAAAUUAUGCUGGAUCAUGACUGAGAGCAUUUUAAGUUAAAACGAAACGGCAGAAUCACAUAGAGAUCAAUCAUCUGCUUUAUGACACUUUGUACAAUAUGUUUUCGAUUCUUCUGCUUUUAUGUUCUCAUAAAGUUUUUUGUUUACGUGUGGAGGUUUUAUUUAAUUU